AAGCACAUAGGAGCCCAGGGCUAGUGGCUGGUGUGUGCUGGGUGGGUAGCACCAGGACCGUAACCACACUUGCCCCCUUCCCCAGCCACAAACAGAGGCAGCAUGGCCAGCGGGCUCCCCUCUGUGCUGUGGGGUGCAGGCAUCAGGAGGGCACUGCUCAUCUGCGUCCUGCUGCUGCUGCUCAGCUCCUGGCAGGGAACAUCAGGUCCUGCCGGGAGCAGGAUAUUGCUCAGCGCCACAGCCAGCCAGGUCUCCUCCCCACCUGCCAUUCUCAAGUCAGGCCCUGAUGGGGGACCCGCACGCCACCGGGCAGUCAGGAUGACGCCCUUCUGGAGGAUGGUGGGCAGCAAACCACUGGGAGCCUACUGCCAGCACGGCCUGGAGUGCAGCACCAAGAUGUGCAGGAACGGGCACUGUGCUCCCCCACAGUACGAGUGCUGAAAGCUGGAAGCUGAUGCAAUCCCGGCUGGAGACAAUGCUCCCCAUCUACCCCCAGGCUCAGAGCAUCUGCAGACUGGAGGCCAUCAAUACUUGCCCCUGGGGUGGGACUGUGAGACACAUGACCCAGAGCCCUGCAAUCACCACUUGGGGGCAAGGGCUCCAGCCUCCCAACACAGGUGGGAGUGUGUCCCAGUCUCCUCACAUGCACCCUCGGUGAAGGGGAAAGUAUUCAUAGUUCCACUGGGGGCCAAUUCCAAGCCUGACCCAGCACACCCCCCCCCCCAGCAGCAGCCAUCUAGGGGGCUCCCACAGUGAAGCCUGCACAGACCUGAGCUGCUCGCAGGGACUGUUGUUGCUCCUGAUACUGAAUGGGGGCUGAAAGUGCAAGGAUGACCCCAACAAGAGCUGGGAGACCAGACCCUUCCUGGCCCCAGCGUUGCUCUGUGCAAGGAAAAUUGGGGCUCUUAAAGGAGCCACAUGCGUAAGCAGUUGCCACUCUUUAGGCAGGGCCGGCUCCAGGUACCAGCUUAACAAGCAGGUGCUUGGGGCGGCCAAGGGA